GAAAAAUGCGAAAAAUGCGACUGCUGUUAGAAAUUCUCGAUGACCUCUUUUCCGCCUACAUGUUUCUGGGUGACACGAUUUACACUGUGGGAAGGGUCUUGAAAAGUACGAUCGGCGGACACGAACAAACGAAGCAAAAAUGGAUCGAUCUGUUGGAAAAAAACUGGCAAGACUUCCCAGACGAGGAUCGCGCGGAGGAAAUAGCGGAAGGCAAAGCGUUUUGGGAUCAGGAGGCAAUCAACACGAACCUAGAUCUCCACGACUUGAUAUACGCAUUCAAGGCGAACUGGGACACUCACCAACCUGAGAAAGUCAUCACGAUUUUCGCCGAAUGCCUGGCUCCGAAGAGGCAAUUGGUACUUCAUUGGGCAGCGCAGGUCAUGAAGAUGUAUGGCAUUUGUUAUUUGAACUUGAACAGGUUGGGCCCGCCCGGGUUCCCAGAUGGAUGGUAUAUUGUGAAAGGUCUACUAAGGGAAGACGAAGUGACGGAGCGCAUGUCUUUCGAACCCAUUGAGGAAAUACAAGUUGGCCGAUUCAUUUUGGAGGUACUUGGUGCAUAUCUCGUCAAGGUGAAGGGGGCGACCAGUGACGAGAUGACGAUACUUGUGUCACUCGUUGAUAAAGGAGGCAUCGUAUGGGAUUUAAGUUGCAAGUGUUGGAUGCCGUACACUUACGAUCAGACGAAGUCCGAGGAGUUAUUGAUGCGGGGUAUGAUGGGAUAUGCUACUGAUGGAGCGGGGAAAAAGAAGGAGGAAACUGAAUGAAAUAAUGGUCGACUUGCUCCUAUCGUCCUAUUUACCGUUCAAACAUGGCAGCAACAUUGUCUGAACAUGGUGAACAUGUAUGACGGCAGGCAUACAUGUUCACCACGUACAGACUUGCUCUUAUCCACGUCUCUUUACCGCUCAAGCAUGAGCAGCAACAUUGCAACGAGUGGGUUGACCGGGUUUGACAGAGCGGACCUACCGCCAUCCCAACUAGUAUCGAGUAUUUCAUGGGACAGAUAAUGGCAACACUUGUCCGAUGAACACUUUUGAGUUGUGGUUGAAAUGAUUGCAAUUCCAAUGAAAAAAAAAAAAAAAAAAAAAAAAAGUUUAAACCGCGGCUACAUCUUGAACGGCCAUACGACGAUAUAAAGAGAAGAGUCCUGAUCUGGUUCCCAAAACAAGAAAAAAAAGGCAAUCUCUACCCGUGGGGAUGAGGCCUACGUGAUUCGAACACGUAACCUUCUGAUCUGGAGUCAGACGCGCUACCGUUGCGCCAAGGCCCCCAUAUAUUCCCUACAUUGUCAUCCACUGCCACCGUUGCGCCAAGGCCCCGUAUGAACUAUCCUCAACAUGAACAACUCGUCCCCUCG